UGUGGUCAUCAGGCAAACAAUACAUCUUUUCAGAUGUGAUGGGAACCUGCUUCGGCUAAUGGGAAGAACUAAACACUGAUUCAUGCUGAAAUAUGCAUAGAACCUUUUAUGUAUUUGAAAUAAAAUGUAAUAAAACACCACAACCAAAUCUGCUUGGUUUGAUUUUUUUUAAAAUGUAGUAACUUAGGCUGAAAUAUUCUAUGUAGUAAUCCAAUGCAUCAAAAAUAUGUAGUUUUUUUCUAUAUUUGUUUUUGGUGUGAUAACUUAGACCCUUUACAAAUAAACUAUCACUAAACCUUGGUGACAUAUGAACAUCAUCUGUAGACUAAUUAAAAUUACAUGCUAUUUUAGCAGACAUUUAGUAGCUAUUUGUAGCAUACAUGAUAAUUAGUAGUGAAAGAAAUCAAGAAAGAAACACCUUUAAUGCAAAAGUGUAGCUCUACAAAUAAUAAAUGAAUGAAUGAAUGAAUGAAUGAAUGAAUGAAUGAAUGGAGGCGGAAAUUGGUCGAAAGAGGAAAACAAAAUAAACAAAAAAACAAAGCAAAAAGAUUAAUAAGUAAGAAAGUAAAUCAGUCAGUCAGUCAGUCGCUUUUAAUUGGGUGAGAGGAAGGAAAUCUGGCAACUACAACCUGCCAUCUUUGAUUGUGCGACGGCCCGAGCGGGGCCUCACUCAACUAACAAACUAGUCUGGCACGAGAUAUCGGGGAGGGAAAGACACAGAACCACGAGUCAGCCACGGACUAGUUCCGGCAGAGACGGCAGAACAGAAGAGGAGCACGAGAUACCUGAAGGCGCGGAUCGCACUGAGAUUAUCAGUCCGUGCAUGUGUGCUGUCUGUUGGCAGCGAGGAGCGCCACUCGUCGUUAGCCAAAGCAGGUUAGCGGGCUAGCCAGCUUUUGUAAUCCGCCGGCAGGAUCUGAAUUCAGCUACCGCAGACCAGGCCGAAAGCGGGGUUUUUCAUUGAGGCCACCGAACACCGCAAAGGACAAAAGGAGUGCUGGAGGUAGCAGGAGGCUGGUUCUGGAGGUGAGGCCAGUGGACCAGACUAAAUGAGUUUCCAGCGAAAUGUCAGAGAAGUCAGGGCAGAGCAUCAAGGCAAAGGAUGGCAAAACCAAGUAUGCAACCCUUAGCCUCUUCAACACAUACAAAGGCAAAUCUCUGGAAACUCAAAAAACUGCUGUGGCUGCUAGACAUGGGCUCCAGAGUCUGGGUAAAGUUGCUGCCAGCCGGCGCAUGCCCCCUCCAGCCAACCUGCCCAGCCUGAAGGCAGAAAACAAAGGAAACGACCCAAACGUCAACAUUGUCCCCAAAGACGGAAGUGGCUGGGCAUCCCGUGCUGAGGCAGGGGAGGAGAG